AUGUGCUUCUUCGACCAGCACCGCUUUGCCUGUGGCGACUGGAAGUGGGGACACUUCCGCCAGCACUGCAACCGCGAGUACCGCAUUGGUGAAACGUGCGGCAUGAAGCUCAUCAUGACGACGGUGCCGGUCAGCCAGAAGUGCAAGCUGUGCGAGAAGAUCGACACCAAGAUGCGCCGCCGCGCAGCCGAGGUGGAACGGAUCAACCGGUGGCAGCGGGAGGGCGGCAAGUUCAAGGCGUCAAUCGAGAAGUCAAUGGAAAUCAUCGGGUCCCUGGACAGGGAGAUCUACGACCUGAGCUGCGAGCGCAACAGGCGGCUCCAGGGCAUCGGCAGCGGCCACUGA